CCACGCCUCCCUUCCCGCCACUAUCCACCACCACCACAACCACCAUCAAGAACUUCAAUUCUCCAACCAUCCGCUGCUUGAUCACAGAAACACAAUUCCUUGUUGCAUGUCUCGUGCAUAGCUCUAAGUCUAUAUAUAGAUGGAUCGGCAAAGUGCGAUGCAGAGCGGUGGUGCCGGUGCCGGCUGCGGUGCUGCCGUGCACGAGUGGUUCUACGCCAGCGGCGGCCGUCAGGCGCCGGAGCAGGCGGCCGUCGUCGACGGGGCGUUCCUCAUGGACCUGCUGGAGGACGCGCCGGGCGCGGACCAGGCGCCGGAGGACGUCGACCGGCUGAGCUGCGUCAUCCGGUCCCUGGAGGCCGAGAUCGGCGGCGGCGGCUGGGCGGCGCCGCCGGCAGACGGCGGGAGCACGGUGGAGCACGUGCCGGCGGGCGACGUCGGUUGCGAGGGCCUGGAGGAGUGCAUGCUCUCAGACGACUUCUACAGCGCCCCCGGCCCUUGUGUGGCCGAGGCGCCGUUCGAGUACUGCUGGACGGAGGUGCCGCCGGCGGCCGGGCAUGACAUGGGCGGCUGGUACGUCGACGGCGACGGCCUCGUGGCGGGGUACGAGUUCAGGGAGCAGUGCUAUUACGGCUACAAUGACAGCCCACACGUUGAGCAUGUGUACAGCCCCUUGUGGGAAUGAAUGAUCAAAUCUGCGAGAACGGCAUGGUACAGCUAUAUGAGUACAAGAAGGCAAAUCGAUCUAUAGCUAAUAAUUUUUCGCUCUUUAUUUUAUUCAUUUCUAACCACAAGCGCGCUUUUUAAUUGACUACAACUAAUUUUGCAUUUGCAACGUUUUCAAAAAACACAGCUCCGAUUAUCGGCAUCCUUAAUUUUUUUCCUUAAUCAACUAAGGUUGCAUAGUACUUACUUGAAAAUUCCAGUGCUAAAAUCAUUAUCUUUUCCAGCCGCAGAUCAAUUAUGUUUUAGACUGUUUUUAGUCAACAGUUCUAUAUUUUGCUAACAAAAUUAUUGUUUGGGUAUUUGAAAAUAAUAUGAGUAGAUUUGUCUCAAGAAGUAGUUCUCAUAAAAGCACUUUUUUCUUUGUUUUAUAAAAUAUAUUACAACUGUUGGAGGAAUUCUCCAGCCGGGUGGCGGAAUGCACCCGCCUAAUCCUAGUUUAGGAUGAGUUUGGGGGAAGCCAAGAAAUGCUAGAUCAAGAGGCGUAUGAACACGGAAAGCACACAAGGGAUUUAGAGUGGUUCAGACCGCCGGAGCGUAAAACCCUACAUCCACUGUGUGUUGUAUUGCUUGUGAGUCUGAGUGUCUUUGGGACUUUGGAAAGCUUGUGUGUCCGUGGAACUUCUGUGAACUUGUGUUCUAGCGUGCGCACUCUCCCUUUUAUAGGCUCAAGGGGAGCGCGUACACUGCGCGGGGUCCCGACAGGUGGACCCGGCGAUAUAUUAAAUAAUAUAUACAUUGGAGCCUGAAAUGCUACA